AUGUCGGAUCCUUCAGUGGGCGCGUCGGAUGGCAAUGUCUCCAACAAGCGCAAGCGUGAUAGCACCGACAGUACCGGUCCCGAAAACCCGCGCCCGCACCGUUCGUCGCACGGAAGCAAUGGCAGCAUCCCCGGCGACACCCAGUCGAAUUUCCCCCACGGCUCCCUGGGUUCUUACGACACUCAUGGUCUCCCCAACACCACAUCCGAGUUGAACAUCGACCAGCAGAUCCUCCAGCACGUGGGGACCCAGAACGGCAUCUCCGACGAGAACGCCUUGACCGCGAAGGCGGCUUUGGCGGCACACAACCCGCAGGCGAAAUAUCCCGGGCCCCCCGACUCCGCGUUCGACAACAACCUUACCCACGGCCUGACCUUUGGGGAUGAUAUGGGCCAGAUUGGUGGCGCCCAUGGCCACAACUCCACCGCGGCCGCCGUCUACGCGGCGCGCGAAGCCCAAAGCAUGAACCAGAAGCCGUCCGUGGGAUCGCCCGAGUGGCAUCAGAUCCGCAAAAAUAACCACAAAGAAGUGGAACGCCGUCGUCGUGAAGCGAUCAACGAGGGCAUCAACCAGAUCGCCCGUCUAGUGCCCAACUGCGAUAAGAACAAGGGAGCCAUCCUGCAACGCGCGUGCGAAUACAUCGAGCAGAUUCACGGGGAGAAGCAGGCCAUGGCCCAACGCUGGGAGCACACCAACAUGACCACGACGCAAGCCAUCAAUGAGAUUAGCUCGCAGAAUUCCAAAUUGAAGAUCGAGGUGAACCGACGCGGCGAGAUCGCGCAGAAGUGGCUGCAGCGGUGUCGCGACGCGGGCCUGGAGUUCGAUGACUACGAAGAGUCCAAAGAACUGGAACCGCUGGAUGUCGACCAGAACCAGGGCUGA